AUGGAGAAGACCCACCUGAUUCGGUGUUCAAAGGAGGAAAUGGAGAAGACCCACCUGAUUCGGUGUCUAGCGGAGGAAAUGGUGAUGACCCACCUGAUUCGGUGUCCAGCUCUAAAGACAACGGCAGACCCACCUGAUUCGGUGUCCAGCUCUAAAGACAAGGACGCACCUGAUUCGGUGUCCAGUCCUAAAGACAACGACGGAAAGCCGAGAUACUGGGAAGCAAGAAGACAGCUACUCCGGAAAGCCAGAGAUACUGGGAAGCAAGAAGCCAGCUAA